GCUCUCGGCCUACUCGGGGGCGCGAGAUAGGCCAGCCGAGGCGGAUUAGGGUUGCGCGCAGGCGCCGUAGCGUAUAGAGGGGUCUUGUUGCGGUCGGUCAUGUCGGUGCAGGAGGAUCCGGUACAGCGAGAGAUUCACCAGGACUGGGCGAACCGAGAGUACAUCGAAGUGAUCACCAGCUCCAUUAAGAAGAUCGCGGACUUCCUCAAUUCCUUCGAUAUGUCCUGCCGUUCCCGCCUGGCCACUCUCAAUGAAAAGCUGACAGCGCUGGAGAGGCGGAUUGAAUACAUCGAGGCCCGGGUAACAAAAGGUGAAACACUGACAUAGGCAUGCUGGUGGCUGGCAGGGAGCCAACCUAGACAAGAAUGUGAUGCUGUCUACAGAGCUGAUGAUCAGACAUCAAAUUUCUUCAUUACUUAAUAUGGGUGGGAGUUACACUUGUUUCUACCCCUUGGGAAGCUGCAUCCCACAUUUGGAGUCUGUGACUUUGUGCAGGUGAUUCCAGCUGGAACAGCUACAUUGUACAAGAGCAUGUUUAAUUAAUGUCAUUUUAUACAAGCAGAUUCAUACAGUUCAUGCCCUGCAUCUUUGCAAAGCCCUCUUGCUUUGCAGCAAUAGAAUCUUUAUUGAACCAAAUCUUACGUUCUGGGAACACAAUUUUAUUUUAUUUUUAAAUCUAAACAAAUCAGAAUGUGGGAACUGUGCAUAGUGGGUGGUCAUAGUGGCAGCUUCAAUAUACAUACAAAGCCUUCUGCAACUGGCUUUCAUUGUGGAUGGUAGCAAAUAACGCAUUGCUGCAGUUGCUCAACUGAAUAAACGUACAGUAUGAAUUGGGGUUCGGGUGGGGGAGAGAUCAUGUGCCAAGGGAGGGGUGGCUCUGUUUUCUAAAUAUUUUGUAUACUCUAAUGUAACUUGGGAUCUCUUUUCCAUUUGUGUUUCCAAAAUAAAACCACCUCUGCUUAA